AAAAAAAUUUUUAUAAAUUUGCAAUAUUUCAGAAUUUUGGUGUAAUAUGAAAUAAUUAUUGUAAUUAAAAUUAAAUUGAGAAAAAAUUAAGAACCAAAUACUAUUUCAGCCGAAAAUUGUAUUCAAGAUAUUUUCAAUUAUUAUUAAAAUGUAAAAUACAAUUCGAUUAAAAAAUUAAUAUAUAAAAUAUAAAAAAAAAUUCUCAUUAAUAAUAUUUGAUUUUACCGUCAAAAUAUUUAAUUAAAAUCCAAUCAAAUUGCGUCUAAAAAAUACCCCGACUCUGAUUAAAUCAAAACAAAUUUAUAAUAAUAAAAAAUUUAAAAUGCAUUUAACAGCUAACACUAACCCUACGGGGAAUAAUAAUAACAAUAACAAUGGAAAUAAUAACAAUUCAUCUGGCAAUAAUAAUAACAAUAAUAAUAAUAACAAUAAUAAUAAUAAUAACAAUAAUAGUAAUGGUAAUUCAAAUUCAACUGGUUCAAAUGGAACAAACAAUUCAACAGAAAAUAAUACACCACCAACAGCUGCACAACUUUUACAAGAAGCAUAUACAAAAAUGACAUCAGAUAUAUUAGCGGAACGUACACUUGGUGAUUUUUUAUCAGAACAUCCUGGUGAAUUAAUACGAACUGGUAGUCCAAUGUUCGUUUGUACAGUAUUACCACCACAUUGGCGAUCAAAUAAAACAUUACCGGUUGCCUUUAAAGUUGUAGCAUUAGGUGAUAUUGGUGAUGGUACAAUGGUAACGGUUAGAGCUGGUAAUGAUGAAAAUUAUUGUGGUGAAUUAAGAAAUUGUACAGCUGUUAUGAAAAAUUCUGUUGCCAAAUUUAAUGAUUUAAGAUUUGUUGGAAGAAGUGGAAGAGGUAAAAGUUUUACAUUGACAAUCACAGUAUCAACAAUACCACCCCUAGUUGCAACAUAUAAUAAAGCUAUAAAAGUAACAGUUGAUGGACCAAGAGAGCCAAGAUCAAAAACAAUGUUAUCUCUUCUAGGGCAACAACAACAAUUUCAUUUUGCAUUUGGGCAACGACCGUUUCAUUUUUCUGCUGAUCCUUUAUCAGGAUUUCGAAUGCCACCAAUUGGAAACUGUCAGAACAUGUCUCAAUUUGGUUUAGGUGCAGCAAAUACACACUGGGGUUAUGGUUCUGCGAGUGCUUAUUCACCUUAUCUAUCAUCAUGUACGACUCCUACAUCAGCACAAUUUAACAAUCCAGCGUUAGGUUUUAGUUGUUCACCAACUGAACAGGGUAAUAAUCAAGAUUAUUCUGGAACGAAUCGGGAUUGUGUACCAAUGUUACCCGAUUCAACAGCAACCGAUUUAGAUCAACAUUUAUCAAAUUUAGUUGGAUCAACAACCGGAUCUAGUCAAAUGACACAUCCAAGUCUAUUGUCAGGUUCUUCGCAAACAUCGAUUUCUUCAACAGUUCCACGUUACUCGAAUUCAAGUAACGAAUAUAAUGUUCAUUCAAGUCAAAAUGGUCCAAGAAGUCUAAGUGAUUCAUCACAGGCCGAAUCUCCAGUUCAAGAGGAUCUUUUAAGUUCUAACACACCAAAUUUAGGUGGUAAUAAUGGAAAUGGACAUGGAAAUAAUGGUCAGAUAUUUCCGGGAGCUGUCAAUCAAAAUCCUAAUUCAUAUAGUUCUAGCGGUGGUGGUGGAGCAAAUAAUCAUUCAAAUAACAAUAACAACAAUAAUGCUGGAAAUAAUAAUAGUAGUGGCAGUGGUUGUAAUGGUUCAUUAUAUCCAGUGUUACCAGCAAGUUUACUAUAUACACAACUUUAUACAGCAGCUAACCAAUCACAUGGUUUUCAUUCGCAUUCAAUACCAUCGCAUGCAUCACCAAAUUCAACAGUUCAUGGUGAAUUACAAACUGUUAUGGAUCAUAUUAGUACAGUUGGAGCACGCCAUAAUCAACAUAAUUUAAUGUCAAUAGGUGGUAUUGGAGGCGGUGGUGGUGGUGUACCAGGAAAUACACAUGAUUUAACUUUAGUUGGCAAUUGCGGUGCUUCUGUACGAAAUGGAGAAGAUGUUGUUGGUGGUCGUCAAGUUGCAUUAGGUGGACAUCGAGGACAUCAUAAUCAAAAUGAUAAUGGCGGGGUUUGGCGACCAUAUUGAAAUCGAUUUUAUUGGUAGGUAAGUUUAAUUAUAUUGCAUUAGUAUAUUAAGUAAAUAUAAUUAUAAAAAAUUUUUAAUGUUAUAACAAGAAAACAGUAGAAUUAAUAAUAAAAUAUUAAUGAAUUAAGAAAAUAGAAUUGUAAUUUUGUUGAAAAAUCAUUAAAAAAAAAUAAUGUAAAUAAAUCGAGUCAUAAUUAUUAAAAUAUUAUUUAAAUCGUCCGAAAAUAGAAAUUUAAAAGUAAAUCUCUUUAUAGAUAUUA